AUGGCUUCAAGCAGUACUAUUAACGCACGGGCGAUGAGAUACACGGGCAAUGCCUACAACUGCUUGAAAUCCAGUGGUCUGCGCCCCUCUGUUGCCGACAGCUGCCACGAGGACAUCGAUGGCCAAGAAGCCUUCAGCAGCCGCAACUGGGGCAAGAGAGAAAAGACAGUUCACGACCCUCGGAUAAGUCCUGAACUUGGCCGCAGAGUUGGGAGAUACCCAUUCACGUCUCCACUCGCGAGCUGGGUCGUUGAUGCCUUCAUCAAUUAUCAGCCUUCCGAAGCCGCCACUGACCUCGUGAGGCGGUUCUCUGCAGAGCUCCACGAAGCCUUUGGAAAAGAGAGAAUGCAAAGCAAUGGGCUCCACAACCUCAUUCUCACCGAAGUGAUUUACCAAAUCACCCUGGAAGUUGGUGGCGAGAUCUUGCUUGCCGCAGACAAGAGUCCCAGUUGUGUCGACGUUCGUGACGAGUAUCACUCUUCGCACGUUGCUGGAGACGACCAUUUUAGAGUCGUCUCGGGGAACUAUGUCUACUCUGCUCUGACUGGAGUCGACUGGGCAAAGGGCAAGAAUGCCUACAGCGAUCGAUUCAAAAAGUUUGAAAAGCUUGCGCGAAAGGCUGUUGUCGAUCUGGAUGGCAAGUUUUCCGGGCAGGACCGAUCGUUCUGGCGCUUCUCCCUUGCGUACUUCAGUGCCAUGGACCAGGCGGAGACCUCCAAAGAAUUUACUACUCCGCAGGCGUCGCAUAUCAGAACUGAUUUGGAUCCUUACCUCCUCAUGGCCGUUCGUGGGUUCGAUACUAUCGGGUCUGCCUACAUGUGCAGUGAUGGCGCUGCCUUUUUCGACAAAGAAGGCAUGGACUCCCUCAUUGGGUCGGCUGUCCCGAACGAUGUUAUGGAUCUUCACACGGACAUUUUGACCGGUGAGACUCGUAACUUGCUCCGUUUAUUGUAUCCAAACAGCUGGUCAAUAGAGAAAUCGGUAAAGACCAUGUCCACCGUGUUUUCUGGCAUGCUGUGUGAGCUGUUCCGCGGUCACAAGCGCGCUAGGCUAGAAAACCGCGAGGACGGUCGCAUUGCCGCAACAUCCCCCGCCUACAGUUUCUGUCGGGCUCGACAUCGCCGUAUCUUUGAAAUCAUAGAGGCAUACACCGACAAAUAUCCCGAGUUCUGGGACUGGACUCGAGAGACUUACCGGCUUGCCAAGGAGCAAAUGACCAAGGCUGGCCUCAAUGAACUGCCCAUUCAAGCUCUCUACAGAGCUCUCAAUCAGGAUUCGCUUCCUGAGUCUCCCCACAAUGAAUUCUACGACGGAUACUUCGACAUGAUCGAGAAAAGUCUUGAUGGAAUCGACCAAAGUGAGAACCGUGAGCAGGUCAAGAGGGCCCUGGGUGUUCAGAACAAGCUCGGGGAACUAGUAUGUGACAUCGACAACUUGUGGAACGUUCAGCUGCUCGAACAUGACAAGACGUCUGGAUGGGGCCGUGAGUUUGAUGAGAAAUCAGAUGAUCUUUUCAGGCAGGUGGGCGAACUUCUCUGUACCAGUAGCCGCGCCGACACUAGCACCGGAUGGCGUAUCCCUAAGGAGGUGUACAGGUUCGCUAUCGCGUAUGGGCGUCUGAGCAUGAGUCUGUCGUACAUUGCCUAUCACACCAUUGUUGCCAUCAUUCUGACAUAUGGAGUCGUUUCCACCCGCUGA